GGCUUUUGGGAGAAGAUGAGUGCUUGUAACAUUGUUUGGCGUUCACAACUGUACGUGCAGAUUAACUUGGAGAAGUACCUGGACAGCACGGUGUUCUCAGACGUGGAGUUCGUGGUGCAGUCUGAGCGGUACUUGCUUACAAGGACCAUCCGAGCGCACAAGCAGUUCCUGGCUAUGCGAAAUGAUGUCUUUGGCACCAUGUUCUUUGGUAGUCUGCCCGAAAAGGACAGGGUCUGCAUCACUGACCUGCACCCAAGUGGAUUCUACGGAUUGCUCAAAUACCUCUACUCUGGCACUUGCGAGCCUGACUCCUUCGAAGAGGCAAUCCACAUUCGUGAAGCUGCUGACAAGUACCUCGUGCCCGAACUUGUGGCAGUGUGUUCCAAGUACAUUGAAGCAAACAUGUCUCCCGACAAGGUCUGUCCCCUCUUGGACUGUUUGGCAACAACUGACAUUGACAGGACCGAUAAGGCCGCUCUUCAGGUGCUCAAGAACGAUGCCCUUUCGGUGCUCAAUUCAGAAUCGUUCAUCGACUCGCUCGACAGCACGGUGGAGUCCAUUCUGAAAGUCAUAAGUGGUGUGCCCGAGAGUUGCAUCUUCCUGGCCAUCCGAAAGUGGGCGGAAGAGAAGUGCCGAAAGUCUCUGUCGUCGGGUGAGACCUCGCUGGAGCUACCAGCAGUCAUUAGGCCUUUUCUUCCCAAGCUGCGAUUCCUAGCCCUGACUCCGCAGGAGUACGUGAAGGGUCCCGGUUCGUGGAACGUGCUCGAGGACCAAGAAGAUUUUGCCAUUCUCAGGAACAUCAUUGUUCGCGGUUCAGUGCCAUUGCCUUCAUGGGUCUGCACCGACGACACAGCUCGUGGACUGCUGCUUUUUAAAGCUAAUCCAUUCGAAACGAUUGAUGCACUGACGACUGUAGCGAGGAAGAAAAGCCCAGCUGCUGAAGGCAAUGAAAAACCAAAAUAAUGUCUCCUGCUUUAACCACACAGCAAAGCUAUUUUUUUAGACAGAACAGUUCCAGUGGGAUACAAGACAUAUAAUAAAUAAUUGUUUGAUAAACUGCU